CUUGUCCCUCCCUCACGAUUUAGAAAGCCGGGUGUUUGUGUUCGUCGCGCACCUCAGACAAUAAUAUUUAUCUUCGAAAUAUAUUAAUCGUUUACUUUAUUUCAUAUUCUAAACUGGAAUAGACCUUGCGCGGUCGUUUAAAGUUCGUCUUGAGAAUCAAAACCCAUCGAGCCUCGAUGAGAAGGGAUUUCUACAGGCUUCUAGACCGGAUCCCUCAAGCAGACCUUCCCUACAUCCAUCUCUACACGACGGAUUUCGACCUCAACAUUGGAAUAACCCUCAAGAAGAACUAUCUUUUCGGAUUAUAAAAUGCUUCUAUCAAAAUUAAACACAUUCGCUCACAUUUCCACCGUGGACAUGCCGGCGAAAAUCCAGCUUCAAGUUAAGGAGAAAGAGCCGUUCGAGAAGGUGUUUCAGGUCGGCUCUGUGCUGGGAAGCGGCGGUUUUGGGACGGUGUAUGCGGGUUUGAGGAUUGCCGAUGGCGCGCCGGUUGCCAUCAAGCAUGUGGCAAAAGAUCGUGUGACUGAAUGGGGAGAGCUGCCCAAUGGCGCGCGCGUCCCAAUGGAGAUCGUCCUGUUAAAGAAGGUCGGCACCGGAUUCCGUGGCGUGAUCAAGAUGCUGGACUGGUACGAGCGACCGGACAGCUUCAUUAUAGUCAUGGAAAGACCGGAGACCGUCAAGGACUUGUUUGAUUUCAUCACGGAGAAGGGCGCGUUACCGGAGGAGCUGGCCAGGAACUUUUUUCGCCAGGUCCUGGAAGCGGUGCGUCAUUGCCACAACAACGGCGUGGUUCACCGUGACAUCAAGGACGAGAAUAUUCUCAUCGAUCUACGAACCGGCGAUCUGAAGCUCAUCGACUUUGGAUCGGGGGCUUUACUCAAAGACACCGUUUACACCGAUUUCGACGGUACACGUGUUUACAGUCCACCAGAGUGGAUCAAAUUUCACCGCUACCAUGGUAGAUCCGCGACUGUGUGGUCUCUGGGCAUCCUGCUGUACGACAUGGUGUGUGGGGACAUCCCGUUCGAGCAGGACGAAGAGAUUGUACGCGGACAGGUGCUGUUCAGGCGGAGAAUCUCAACAGAGUGCCAGCAGCUUAUCAAGUGGUGCCUGGCCCUCCGCCCUGCGGAACGCCCGUCUUUCGAGGACAUCAUCAACCACCCUUGGAUGCAGAACACAGCACCCCCUACGGACAACACUGAGAUCAGACUGCAUCAGCCCGCUGCUUUCCCAGCAGUCACUGUGUGCAAAUGACUCUAUCUGAAUACAUACAUAGAGACUUUCCAUUACAGCAGCAAACCACCCAGGGGACCUGCAGACUGAGCAGUGCAAAAAAAAAAAAUAACAACACAUGUUCUUUUGUUUUGAGCAUUGCUGCUAGGCGGGAGUUCUAGGCUAGGCCAAAAAAGGGAGAGGUCCACCUUUUAGUGAGAUCUGUUAUCUCUCAUCUCCUGCCCCCCGUGGCUCAGGGUCCC